AUGAGUCGCGGCCGGAUCGCGCCCCGCCUGGAGCCGACGUGCUCACCGUCCACGGGCGAGUACUAUGUCGACGCCUCGGGGGGUGAUCUCCAGGUCGAUGUGUUGAACUGGACGCUAGCCAACGGCAGCCUCGCGCCCAAGUCGUGGACCGACUACCUCUACUUGUCGGUCGGCAGCACUCUCUCCAACGCCGGCGUAAGUGGGCCAGCCUUUCACCGCGUACCUCAGAUCAGCAAUGUCCACGAGCUCGAUAUGGUCACAGGCAAGGGCGAGCUGAUAACAUGCUCAGAAGAGCAGAACUCAGAGCUGUUCCAUGGAGUUCUCGGUGGUCUGGGACAGUUUGGGAUCAUCAUCAGAGCCCGGAUUGCACUGGAGACAGCUCCUCACGGGGUGAGAUGGAUCCGAGUACUGUACUCCGACUUCGCGGCCUUCACCAGAGACCAGGAGCUCCUCGUCUCGCUCCACAGCGCCCACUGGAGCGAAAGGUUCGACUACAUCGAAGGCUUCGUCAUCAUUGAUGAAGGCCUCAUCAACAACUGGAGGUCGUCCUUCUUCUUCCCCAAGAACCCUGGUAAGGUAAGCUCUGUUCACUCCAACACGCUGCUGCCUCGCUGCCUCGGCCACUCGGCCUCAUGCGCAGCAAGCACUACGCUGCCUCGGCUCCUCAGCCCCAUGCGCAGCAAGUAG